GCAGGACCAUCAGUCUCCAGGGAAACGGUUGCUGAGACGCAUGAAAAUUCGAAACGUAAUUCCUUACCUGAGGAAGCGAGUGAACAAAGACCCAAUGUUUCUAAACCUGCUCGUAAAAAUGGAGGAGUCUCAAAUGUUAACUCGGAAAUGAGUCAGAGAGGGAAAAUUAAAUCGAAUAGAAUAUCCGCUGAAGAACUGUACGCGCUAAAAACGAGUAAAAGCAUCGAGAAUUCGAAAGAGCUAGUGAAAGGUGAAUCAGCCGAGAAACUAGAAUCAAGUCGCGAGACUCAUAAGAAACGAAAGCGUUCCGUGAAAAAGACAGAAAAGAAGUCUCAAAAGAAGGUUAGGGGAGCUGAUGAUGUUAAUGUUGACGAUGAAUUUCAAUCGUCGAGCGGAAAGAAGAUCGAAGAAAGAGAGACUAACGAAGAAAGCGAGAUCGAUGAGGAAAGUGAAAGUGAGGGAAAAGAUACAUCCGACGAGAAAGAGGUUAUUCAAGUUGGUGAAAGUACAAGUUCUGAAAAGACAAAAAAAUUGGAUGACCCGGAGCGAUUGCAACGAACUAUUUUUGUUGGAAAUUUGUCAACUUCUGUCAUAGAAAAGAAAAAUCACAAAAAGCUAAGAUCAUAUUUUUCCAGCUGCGGCCGAAUCGAAAGUAUACGUUUCAGAUCUAUUGCCUUUUCCAGACAGCUUCCUCGAAAAGUUGCCUUUAUCAAUAAGAAAUUACAUCCGGAACGAGAUUCCUUGAAUGCGUAUAUCGUGUUUAAGGAAAAGGCGUCGGUUCAAAAAGCACUUUUCAAGAAUGGUGAAAUUUUCAUGGGAAAACAUUUACGUGUGGAUUCCGCAGUCGAUUCGCAAAGUUACGAUCGUAAGAGAUCGGUUUUUAUAGGCAAUUUAGAUUUUGACGCGCAAGAUGAAGCAUUAUGGAGUCAUUUCGAAAAUUGUGGCGAAAUUGCGCAUGUACGAAUCGUGAGGGACGGUAAGACCAAUGUUGGCAAAGGUAUCGCAUAUGUUCAAUUUAAGGAUCGUUCAUCAGUCGAACUUGCACUUAAGCUUAAUAAUACCAAGAUUGGUACCCGCAGCAUUAGGAUAUCCAGGUGUCUUAAAUCCUUUUCCGAUAGUCGCAUUCAAGAUAAUGAAAAGCCAUCGGUGAGUAAAGUAGUGAAAAGGUCAUUUGAAGGUACGCGUGCCAUUAAAGGAACGAAAACUCCCAGAAUUCGGCAGAGAACUCGAGCGUGGAAGAAUGCACAUAAGAAAAAUGGAAAAAAAUGA